AACGACCCGCCUGCGGCGACGCGUUUCCGGUCAACGUCUCUUCUAUUUCCUUCACACGUGAACAUGGCGACACCAGUGCCGCUGUUAGCAGUGCGUGGAUCAGAUGGUACCUCUCUGCUGUGCGGACCUCCUUCGUGCAAAGAGCACGCUGCCUUCCCCAGAGAAGGGGUGCCAAGCAGGUGUUUGACGUUCAGCAGGGACGGCUCAUUGUUUGCUUGGUGCAAUGGACAAGUCGUCAGAGUGGUCAAAACGUCAGAUGGCUCCCUGGUGGCCACUUUUGACCUUCCAAAGACCACGCUACUGCAGUUCUCUCCUCUUGGCAGCAUCCUGGUCACCUGGCAACCAUACACCAAGAGUCCACAGGUCGCUCAGGGUGACGCCAACCUCCAACUGUGGGAGCUGUCGAGCGGUGGACUCGUCAAGGCGUUCUUCCAGAAGAAGGUUGACAUGUGGUGUCCCAGCUGGUCCGAAGAUGAGAAGAUGGCAGUGAGGAGCGUCAACAACGAGCUGCACUUCUUUGAGGACAAUGACUUCAACGCCAUCGCCAACAAGCUCCACGUGCAGAAGGUUUCAAAUUUUGAGCUCUCACCAGGCAGUCAGCCCAGUAAGGUGGCCGUUUAUGUUCCAGGGAGCAAAGGCGCUCCAUCAUUUGUGCGUCUGUAUCAGUACCCGGCCCUGUCUGGCUCCAGCGCAUCGCUGGCCAACAAGAGCUUCUUUAAGGCGGACGGGGUCAGCAUGCUGUGGAACAAGAAAGCGUCGGCCGUGUUGGUGACGGCGAGCACGGAGGUGGAUAAAAGCGGCGCUUCCUACUACGGCGAGCAGACGCUGCACUACCUGGCCGUCAACGGAGAGACGGCGCUGGUCCAGCUGCCAAAGAACGGGCCCAUUUACGACACGGCGUGGAGUCCAAAUUCUUGUGAGUUCUGCGUGGUGUACGGCUUCAUGCCAGCCAAGGCCACCAUCUUUAACCUCAAGUGUGACCCAGUCUUUGACUUUGGAACCGGACCCCGCAAUGCCGCCUACUACAGUCCGCAGGGUCACAUCCUGGUCCUGGCCGGCUUUGGAAACCUACGGGGUCAGAUGGAGGUCUGGGACGUCAAGAAGUACAAACAGGUGUCCAAACCUCAGUCUCCGGACACCACAUACUUUUCCUGGUGUCCCGAUGGCGAGCAUGUUGUCACGGCAACAUGCACACCGCGUCUGCGUGUCAGCAACGGUUACAAAAUUUGGCACUACACGGGCUCCGUGUUGCAUGAGUGGAACGCCCCGGCUGGCUCUGAGUUGUGGGAAGUCCGCUGGCAGUCCUUCCUUGACGGAAUCUUGCCCAUGCGGCCGGUCAAGUUUCAGGCCCCGCCCAGUCAGCUGGGAAGCACGCAGGCCCCGCCCACACAGGCCUACCGCCCCCCCUCACUAAGACACCUCCCGGCCACGGCGGGUUCUAAGCUGCACGAGGAGGAGCCGCCACAGAACCAGCGACCAGCAGACAAGAACUUGUCCAAAGCUGCCCUGAAGAACCUCAGGAAACGAGAAGCUCGUAAAGCAGCCAAACAGGAGACAAAGCCUGAACCCGACCUUCCAUCUGAUGACCUAGCCCCCGUCGCCAACAGCCAACCAGAGCCGAGUUGUGGCGACCCGGAGACGGACAAGAAGAUCAAGAACGUUAAGAAGAAACUGAAAGCCAUCGAGGAGCUGAAAGAGCAGCAAGCGUCUGGAAAAGCUCUGCAGAAGAAUCAGUUAGAGAAGAUGCAGAAGGAGGAGCAGCUGCUGGAAGAGCUCAAGGAGUUACAGUUGGGACACUGAGGCCACACACACGCUGCCUGUUUUCCUUCCUCCUACAGGGGAGGGGUGUGGCUAAAGCCUUCCCCGAGCCACCGAAGAACCAUUGAGAUGUUUUGUACAUGUUGCAGAGGAUUGUGGGAAAUGUAGGAAACUAAAAAUCCCGAACAACCAAAGCAUCAGUUUCAUUUUCAUCUCUGACAGAUUCUCAAUUCAUGACAAGGGUGUGACUUUCACAAUAAAAGCCUCUUUUCCACA